AUGGCACCUAAAAGUAAGAAGAGUACAGUGCCUGUUUCGCAACUUGCUGCAAAAGUUGAGACACCUGAAGUCAUUGCAAAGGAUUCUCACAUGGAAAAAUGGUAUAGAUUAGCAAAUUUCACUGUGACAUUUGUUGCAUUUGUGGCUAGAUUCUACUAUAUCUGGUUUCCAUCUGAAGUGGUUUUUGAUGAGGUGCAUUUUGGUAAGUUUGCUUCCUACUAUCUUGAGAGGACAUACUUUUUCGAUUUACAUCCGCCAUUUGCUAAAAUGCUGAUUGCCGCUGUUGGAUGGUUAGUUGGAUUUGAUGGUAAGUUCAAGUUCGAAAAUAUUGGUGAUAGCUAUAUCGAGCAUUCUGUUCCUUAUAUCCCUCUAAGAGCAUUAUCUGCAAUUCUAGGUACACUCACAGUCACUUUGAUGUUUGAGACUCUAAAGCAGUGUAAUUACUCCAUCUGGACUUGCAUAUUGGGUUCUGCGAUAGUAGCUCUUGAUAAUGCACAUGUUGGUGAAACCAGGUUGAUUUUACUUGACGCAACCUUGAUUAUCUCCGUUGCUGCCUCCAUGUAUACCUAUGUUAGAUUCACAAAAUUGAGGAGAACUCCCUUUACUUUUGAAUGGUACAAAUGGUUAUUUCUUUCGGGAGUCUCUCUUUCAUUUGUGAUCUCCACCAAAUAUGUUGGUGUUAUGACUUUCCUUUCAGUGGGUGUUGCUGUUGCGUACGAACUAUGGUACUUACUCGAUUACAGAACCGGUCUAACUAUUAGAGAAUUUGCAAGACAUUUUGUCGCCAGAUUUAUGCUGUUGAUUGUUGUUCCAUUUAUUAUUUACCUUGGCUGGUUUUAUAUACAUUUUGCCAUUUUAACCAAGUCGGGUCCCGGUGAUGCAUUUAUGAGCACCGAGUUCCAAGAGACUUUAGGAGAUUCCAUUUUAGCUAAAGAGGCUAAAGAUAUCAAUUACUAUGAUAUCAUCACUAUAAAGCACAAGGAUACUGAUUGUUUAUUACAUUCUCAUCCUUACAGAUAUCCUCUUAGAUAUGACGAUGGCAGAAUUUCUUCCCAGGGUCAACAAGUUACUUGUUUGAACCAUGGUGGUGAAGAUGAAGGUGACCAUUGGGAAAUUCUACCAGCAACACCUUUUGAGGGAAACAAAUUAGGGCAUCCAGUUUAUCAGGGCGAUACAUUUAGGUUGAGACAUAUUAAGACUAAUGGAUAUCUUUUAACUCACGAUGUUGCAUCUCCACUGUAUCCAACAAACGAAGAAUUUACUGUCGUUUCAUUGGAAGAAGGUGAUGGUCCAAGGUACCAAGACACUUUGUUCAAAUUUGACCCUGUUGACCAAAAGCCACAUGAAGUUAUGAAGACCAAGGGCUCAAUUAUCAAGAUUUUACAUGUUCCAACUGUUGUUGCGAUGUGGACACAUAAUGAUGUCUUAUUACCUGAUUGGGCGUUCAACCAUCAAGAAGUUAAUGGUAAUAAAAACAUCAACUCAAAGGAAAACAAUUGGUAUGUUGAUCAAAUUAUCGGUUUAAGUGGUCCGAGAGCAAUCUUUACUCCAAAACCUAUCAAGAAAUUAUCAUUUUUCAGAAAGUGGUGGGAACUACAGUUUUUGAUGUUUGAACACAAUAACAACUUAUCAAGCGAACAUCCUUACGCCUCACAACCUGGUGCAUGGCCAUUAUGUAUGUCAGGUGUGUCUUUUUGGACCAAGAAUGAAACUAGACAACAAAUUUUCUUUGUUGGUAAUAUUCCUGGCUGGUGGUAUGAAUGUUUAAUGAUGAUUGCAUUUCUGGCAGUUGCUGCAUUCGACCAAUUAACGGUCCACAGAAACAUUCAUAUAUUAACUGAGAAGACAAGGACGAGGCUAUACAAUAACGUCGGAUUUUUCUUUAUUGCUUGGGCAUUGCAUUAUUUCCCAUUUUUCUUGAUGGGCAGACAAAAAUUUUUACAUCACUAUUUACCAGCACAUCUAUUGGCAGGUUUAUUUGCAGCAGGAUUUACUGAAAUUUUGUUUACGAACUGCAGAAAUCAACAAUGGUGCCAGAAGGGUGAAAAGCCUGAUACCUUGAAUACUUUACCUUACAUUUCAUUUGUUGUUCUGGUACUAGCAGUUUUCGUUUCUGGUUUCAUUUUCUUUGCGCCGAUUACAUACGGUAAUGUUCCAUUAUCAGUCGAAGAAGUCUUAAGUAGACAAUGGAUGGAUAUUAAGUUGCAUUUUGGUAAAUAA